UUAUAUUUUAACCUUUGUUUAUUUCUUUGGUCAUUUAAAUUGAAUUUAUUUUUUUUCCUUAAUUAUUUACUUUGUUUAGUUUAAUUUUUAUUCAUUUAUUUUUUUAGCUUUUCAAUUAAACCGUUGGAAUGCCUUGUUGUGGUCCAAAGUUGUCCCUCUUUUGUACGCUGAUCAGCGUUUGGGGUGUGAUUAUGUUACCCAUCCUUGGUUUGCUUCUGAACGUUCACUCCACCGCCUUUGCUGAGGAUUUUGAAAUUGAAGCGGAGGAAAAAGCUCACCUAAAGACCGCCGAUGAACUAUGGGCAGCCGUCACAACGAAAUAUGAGACAGCUGCUGUUAAUUGUUGGAUCGCUGCUGGUUGUUAUGUUGUUACCUUGUUGAUCUCUGUUCAUCAAUGUUAUUAUAAUUUCAAGCAUUCGUCCGUUUAAUUACAAUCAACAGGUUAACCAGAAACAAAGAACCAGAAAAGAAACAUCAUCAACAAAACCACCCAAAUGCCUUAAAUAUUAUUUAUAAUGUGAUCCAAAUCUCUAAAUUAGUCAAGUGUCAUUUUCUUAUUUUAUUAUUGUAUUAAAUGUGUUUAAACUGGAAAA